AUGUUAAAGGGGUUUAAAUUGAAGAAAGACUCGAGCCAAGCCACCAAAGGUCGGAUCACUUCUGCAGACAUCAGUGCACCAACACAGGACGGAAGUAACAUCGCAUUUCACAUGAACCGGCUAAGAAGCUUGUCGAACACGUCUAACCGAGGGGGCAAGAACGGGGCGGUGGCGGGUGCAGUGGACGUGCCGAUCAUAUUGAAGGCACUAUAUACCUACCACGCACAGUCGCCUGGCGAAUUAUCUUUCAACAAGGGGGAGCUGUUCCAGGUGAACGGAGAGGACGGCGAGUGGUACGAAGUGACCAGCACGGAGGGAGGCCGCAAGGGGAUGGUUCCAAAGAGCUACUUUGAGCAAGUGUCUAAAAGCCGGGUUGUGUCUACACACAGCAUUUUGACUUCGCCACAACAGGUACAAAUGCCAGUGAAGACGGGGUCGUUGUAUGCGAUUGUCCUGUACGACUUCAAGGCAGAGAAGUCCGACGAGCUUAGUGCUUUUGCAGGUGAGAACUUGUUUAUUUGUGCACAUCACAACUUCGAGUGGUUUAUUGCCAAACCCAUUGGAAGGCUCGGGGGGCCGGGUUUGGUGCCCGUUGGAUUCGUCAGUAUUAUUGACAUCAACUCGGGAUAUGCUACGGGAAACAACGUGAAAGACGAUAUCGCAUCUGUGAACCUUCCCACGGUUCAGGAGUGGAAGAACAACAUCGCAAAGUAUAAAGCUAGUAACAUAUCCCUAGGAUCUGUGGAGCAGCACCAGCAGCAGCAGCAGCAACAACAACAACAGCAGCGGGUAUCUGUGGUCCCCAGCGUGCAGCCCUUUCAAUAUACCCAGGCGCAGAGCUUUGACAACAUAGUUCCCGUUGGCGCUGCUGUAGAAUCGUUUCUGCUUGAGGGCGAGAAGUACUGGUUCCAUGUGGUAUGCGACCUUGAGGACGGUAGUUCACAUUCUUUGAAAAGGUAUUACGAGGACUUCUACGACCUUCAGGUCCAGCUCCUCGAUGCGUAUCCUGCAGAGGCAGGUAAACUUCGGGAUAGCAACGGCCAAUGGACCAAACGAAUCAUGCCGUAUAUCCCAGGCCCUGUGCCCUAUGUGACAGACUCUAUUACAAAAAAGAGGAAAGAUGACUUGAACAUCUAUGUUAAAGAGUUGAUUGCAUUGCCUCCACACAUUUCGCAUUCGCCUUUGGUGAAAUCUCUCUUUGCAAUCAGAAAUAACGGAUUCGACCGUGUGCUCUUAAAGGAUUAUGGGAAUUCGACGGUAGUGCGCUCCGAUGAUCCCGUCGCACUGACUGGCGCCAAGCUGGCUCAACAGGAGGAGUCGACACUCACCGGCAGCGAUCUGAAAGAGCGAAUGGGUGAGCUAUCGCUGAACGAUAAGACCCCUCCCAUUGGGUCCCCUCAGGCUGCUGGCUCACAGCUCAAGUCCAAUAAGAUCAAGUUCUAUUACAAAGACGACAUCUUUGCCUUGUUAUUGUCACCUACGAUCACCUUAGUUGAGCUGAAGACCAAGAUCGCACCGAGGAUCGACUCGGAAACGUUCCAGCUUUUCGUCAAAGCCGGCGAUGACGUGGGUACAGAAAUUACCAGCAAUGAGGAUCUUAGCGGGGUAAUCCAGGAGAAGCAGAAGAUCAUGGUUCUCGAUGUCCAAUAG